AUGGGUAUAAUUAUCGGACUACUCUACUAUCUCCACGAUCAAUCUCACAACAAAUGGCCGUCAGGCCUGACGAUAAUCACGGUUCUUUCGAAAAUCGCUUCCGCAGCGCUCAUUCUACCUAUAUCGGAGGCUAUCGGGCAGCUGAAAUGGACAUGGUUUCAUGGGAAGAAGUCUAGAGACGCAUUCGACUUCGAGAUAUUUGACAAAGCAUCGCGCGGUGCAUGGGGAUCGUUCAUGCUCCUGUGCCGAACGAAGGGCAAAUCACUUGCCGCACUAGGUGCACUGUUGACAGUCCUGCUGCUUGCGAUUGAUACUUUCUUCCAGCAGGUUACCGACCUCAAUGAGCGUUGGAAGCUACAGGGCAACAGCUCGAUUCCACGAACCGUACGAUAUACCCCUUCCCUCGCCCUUACAUACGACAGCACCUGGGACAACGAACCCGUGGCCACGAUGAACCAAGACCUCAAGAGGACCCUGGAUCCAUUUUUCUUCGACCAAAAUGGCACACGUCCUUUUCUCACCGAGGGUGGUCCUCAGGCUGAGAUACCACUAGUAUGUCCAACUAGUAGAUGUACUGCUUGUGGCUAUUUCCUGAAUGCGACGAGUUCACUGCCUGUUCUGAUGUCCGGGUACAGAGUCGAAAACAGCACGGAUUCCCCUUAUGGAGAGACCCUUCUCAUGCGCACGCUACCGCUCGUCACAAACCCUUUGAGGUCACCGCUGUACGGGGGUUCUAUCAACUUCAAGCACAUCAACUAUCCUAUCAUCGAUGCGAUAAUCGUAAGCGCAGCGGAUGGCUCCUCCGAGAGCGUCUAUCGCAAAGCCCUCCCAGUGGCUCACGAAUGUGUCUUAUCCUGGUGUGUAAAGACACUUCGCUCCUCAUACGCACGAGGAGGUUACAAAGAGGAGGUCAUCGAGACCUUUACCAACACGACACAGAUCGAGUACCCAUGGUGGGGCGAGAGUGUGGGGCUUGGCAUGACGCUGACUGAGUUUGAUGCAAAUAUCACGAUAACUCCACCUACCAACGACAACUAUACGACCACUUAUGGCGUCUCAAACGAGACGUUCAUGAACACAAUCUUUGUUCUGGACGAAGUGUUCCCCUCCCUGAUUACUGUCACCGAGCCAUCGGCCAAGCCAUAUCUGAAGAUCAGAACUAGCUUCAUCGAUCAGGUCAUGUUUCGAGAAGUUCGGUUCAACCCAUGGCUUGCUCCCAAUAACGUCACCUACCACAUGGAAAGGAUAGCACAUGCUCUAACGAACGCAGUUAGGUCUGAUGCUAACAGCAAUGAGCUCAUCGUUGGAAGCGCCUCAUCCCCAGAGACUUAUGUGGUGGUUCAUUGGGGUUGGCUUACAUUCCCUCUGCUUCUCCUUUUCCUAAGCAUCGCAUUCUUGGUGGCUACAAUGAUCAAGACUUCACAACACGCAUACGAUGAUAUCGGCAACUGGAAGACUUCCGCCAUGCCGACGCUGAUAUACAGCCUGCCAAAAGACCUUCAACAGGACUUCAAGACACCGGCAGCAUCAACGCGCACCUUGCAUAGAAGGUCGAAGAAGGUUAGGAUCAGGCUCAUGCCAAAACAAGGCUGGAGAGUCUCUGGUAUAGUUCAGCCCGCGCCGGUAGCUCCACCUGGUUUUAUAUAG